AUGAAUCAGUCAGAUAUCAAACCCCCAACAUCAGCACCUUCAACUCCUCCACUGUUCAGCAUAUCAUCCCCAGAUUUCAAAAACUUCAAAUCUUGGGUGAAAACUUCACCAUUCACUAAUGAUUUUGAUCUUUCAAAGGAUAAAUUACAACUAUCCGACAUGGAUUUUGAAGUUGCUUAUGCUAUGUUCACUGCUAAGACACCUCCUGCAACAGCUUCAGGCUCACAAACCCCAAUCACAAACUAUCAAAGUGAAUUGUCAAAUCAACUUCAUGAACUUCAUAAUCAACGAGAAUUUGGCUAUAAAAUCACAAGUCCUGGAUUAUCACAUCUGUUACAAGCUGCAUCUCCAAAUUUUCCACCCACAGAGCUCGAAGGACUACCUUUGUUCUCAAACUAUGAUGAAUUAUUGUCUGUUAAUGAAAGUCAUGCAAUUGAACAAUUUCUGGAUAGUAUAAUGGAUGAACAAAAUGUUUCAAAAAGUUCCAAGCAGGAACAAUCAGAAAGUCUAAGGCCGGAUCCAAUGAUUUCUGAAGAGCAACAAUAUUUCAAGCAAGAAGAUGAGGUUUCAUCAGAGGGAACUUCAAAAGCAUUCAUAGAAUCGCCUGAAACGGCAACUGAUAUAUCUAUAACAUUCAACAAUACGAAUAUCAACCUUCCAAAAGACCCUAACAUCUUCCCAAAAGAGCUGAACAUAUCUACAGACUCACCUAUACCAACGAGAUCGUCAUCAAAUACAUCUUUUUCAGGGUCUGAAACUAGCAGGCCAACAAAGAAAAGAAAAUUACUUACUGAUGAUGAAAAAAAAUUCAAUCAUACCUCAAGUGAACAAAGAAGAAGAGGUAUUAUAAAAGAUGCUUUUGAUGAUUUAGUCAAGCUAUUACCCUUGUCUAAUAAAAAACAACCAAAGUCACUAGUAUUAGAAACAGCAGCACAUGAAAUUGAACGACUACUCAAAAUAAAUAACGAAUUAAAACAACUUUUAGAUAAGCACUAA